AUCUUGUAUGCUUAAGUGGUGUCAGUACCUUGUAAUUAAAAUACCUAAUUGCUGUGAAAGAGCUUAAAAGCGUUGCUGUCAGCAGCGACCUUGGCAGUGUGGAAUAUAGAUCUUAAGAUAAAUAUAAUGAAAAGUGCUUCGUUUUUGGUCUGGCUCUGCCUCAGUCCCAGCUUAAGUUGGGCCGAUCCCCAGCUGAACCUGCCCACCCCCCGUCCAGAGGUGUUCUACAACGGCUAUACCCCGAAUGUGGCCACCACACCCGCCCAACUGCGAGCGGACCGGGAUCGAGACCAGCGGUACGGGCCGCCCUAUUCCGACGAGGGCGGCGGGGGCCAAGCCGACGAUGGUCUGGACGACUUUCGGUUCGGCCAGACCAAUGAUGAGCGCCAAAGGAUCGGUUAUGCGUACCCUUCCCCUCGUGUCAACUUCAGUGACUCCCCCUUUAGCGGGGAUCGUUAUUCCAACCACAAUUAUGGACCCAUUUCGAGCACCACGGAUCGGGCUUUUGGAAAUGAUCCCAACUUGAACGGCCGCCUCUCGGACGUACCCUAUUCCACCCAAGGAGACCGAAACUUCAAUCCCAACGAUCAGUACAACUACAAUAACAAUCCAAAUGUGGAAUUUGUGGGCGUCAACAACCGAAAUCGUUUCGAAAACCCCUUUCUUUCCAACCAGGAUCGAUUCAACCUGAAUCAGGGCUAUCUGGAGCGACAAAGGUACCAGCAGGACCGUCGCUACCAACAGGAGCUAGAAAAGCUGCGCACCCUACUCGUGGAGUCCGACCAGAAAGGAUCCCUAGAGUGCACUGCCAACGUGGCCGCCCAGUGGAAUUUCGAGACGAAUGUCAACGAUUUUACCCAAACGGAAGCGCUCAAUGCCCAGCAGCGUUAUGUCGAAUUUCAACGUAUUACUGCCGAACAAUCUAAACGAAUUAACAAAGAUCUCAUUUUCGAUCGUCGCCUCUACAGACAACUGAUGUUGCAGUCUGAAGUGGGGCCCAAUGCUCUGCCCCUGGAUGUUCUAGACCGGUACAAUCGUCUGCUUAAUGAGAUGCUGUUCCUGUACAACAGCGCCAGCAUUUGUGCUUACCAGCAGCCUUUUCAAUGCGACCUUCACUACAUACCAAACUUGAAAGACAUCAUGGCCAAGAGCAGGGAUUGGGACGAGUUGCAGCACACGUGGGUGGAGUUCCACAGAAAGGCGGGUCGGGGCAUGCGGGAUAGCUAUGAGCAGUUGAUUGACGUCAUGCAGGAGGUGGCCUAUGUGAAUAAUGUGACCAAUGGCGGGGAGUAUUGGUAUUUGGCCUAUGAGUCCGGGAACUUCCGGCAGGAUAUGGACAUCGUUUGGGAACAGAUACGUCCUCUUUACGAAAGCCUACACGCGUAUGUGCGGCGGAAGCUGAGGGAUUACUAUGGACCGGAUAGGAUCAACCGCAUAGCUCCGAUUCCCUCCCAUAUUCUUGGCAACAUGUACGGCCAGUCGUGGUCGAAUGUGCUGGACAUCCUGAUACCCUAUCCGGGACGCAAGUUGAUCGACGUCACGCCUCGCAUGGUGGAGCAGGGUUAUACGCCGCUUCUGAUGUUUCAGCUGGCCGAGGAGUUCUUUACUUCGAUAAACAUGUCAGCCGUGGGACCGGAGUUUUAUCGAAACUCGGUUUUUGAACAGCCAUUGGAUCGGAGGGUUCUGUGCGAGCCCUCCGCCUGGGACUUUUGCAAUCGCCACGAUUUCCGUGUGAAGCUCUGCACGGACAUCAAUCAGAGGAGUCUGAUUAGUGUGCACCACGAAAUGGCCCACAUUCAGUAUUUCCUGCAGUACCGACACCUUCCCAAGAUAUUCCGGAACGGCGCCAAUCCUGCCUUCCACCAGGCCGUGGGCGAUGCCAUCGCCUUGUCUGUUUCAACUCCUCGACACUUACAAACUCUAGGAUUGCUCCAAAGAUCGCUGGACGAGUCUAGUUACGAUAUCAACUAUCUUUUCACCAUGGCAAUUGAUAAGGUAGCUUUUUUGCCCUUUGCCUUAUCUUUGGACAAUUGGCGUUACGAUGUGUUUAGUGGAAAUGCAAACAAGCGAACCAUGAAUUGUCAUUACUGGAAUAUGCGAGAAAAAUAUUCGGGAAUAAAGCCGCCAGUUCUGCGGUCAGAAAUGGACUUUGACAUGGGCGCCAAGUACCACAUCCCCGCAAAUAUCCCCUACAUCAAGUACUUUUUCUCCACGGUGCUGCAAUUCCAGAUCUAUAGAGCCAUGUGCCGGGAGGCAGGGCAGUAUGUCCCGGGCGAUCCCAGGAAGCCGUUGCACAAGUGCGACAUCUAUCGUCAGCCGGCAGCAGGAAAUAUACUCAAAAAACUCAUGUCCAAGGGCGCCUCCCAGCCAUGGCAAGAGGUCCUCGAGGAGACCUUACAGGAGGGACGACUGGACGGGUCUGCCCUGCGGGAGUACUUCGCCCCUCUGGAGGAGUGGCUGCGGCAGGAGAAUCUUCGCACCAAUGAGUACGUCGGAUGGAACUACGAUGGCGAUUAUUGCAAACGGAGCAUCGAAACCGCUGGCCUCCAAGUUUUCGGAGGCUACUACAACAGUGCCCAGGAAAUGGGCCUAUCCCUGCAUCUGUUGGUCCUUUCGAUCUGCUUUUAUUUUAGUUUUAAUUUUUGAAAAGUAUCAGAACCUAAUCAAGCCAAGAAAACAGUCAGUCCAAAUGUUGUUCCACUUACUACUUCCGCUUACUCAAGUUGCACCUAUAACCGAGUUGAACUUGAAUCAAUGCCAAAAAAUACACACACACAAUUCUAAAAUUAAAUAAACGAAUACUAAAUAACA